AUGCCCUUUCCCACAUCUGGAACUCGUACCUCGUCCCGUUCUCCUCAAUCUCGCCCCCUCGACCUCCUCCCCGACCCACGCAUCCAACUCGGACUUGUCAGCCUUCCUCCACCCCUCCGCCGCCUCCCCUUCGUCGCUCAGCUUCAACGGGAAGAACACGUCGCACUCGAACUCGGCCAGGACCUUGGUCAGCAGCACCCUCUUCGCCUCGGGCGCCCGGAGCGCGGCGUCGUAGAUCUGCGCGCCGCCAAUGACAAACACCUUGCCCAGCCGGCCGGCGACGCCGUCGACGCGCAGGUACGCGAGGGCCUGCUCCAGCGAGCCGACCUUGACGGGCUCCUUGUCGAGGUCCGGCGUCGUCGCUGCCGCCGCGGACGCCGAGGCGGGGUCCAGGGCGGGGUGGGAGCGGCUGAUGACGAUGUUGAGACGGCCCUUGAGGGGUCGGAACUUUGGGGGGAUGCUCUCCCACGUCUUGCGGCCCAUGAUGACGGCGUUGCGGGCGUCCGAGGGGGCCUAUUCAAGUGUUUGCAGAGUCAGCGUCGGCGGGACCAAUACAUGGAGCGAGCUGCAUGA